AAAUUGCGGAUCUGACAAGCAACAGGCGAGCAAGUUCCCUGUAUUACAUUGUCAUGACAUGUUGACACAGUGACGUGAUUGGCCGGAUUUUGCUUAAUGUGUCGAAACAUUAACUUUGGCAAAUUCUAACAAUGACGCACGUAGGAGUAAUGCGGGUGGGUUGGAUUACUGUAUUUGGUUUAUUCACAUGAACGCAGCUGGUCGUGUGAAGACAGACUUCGUUUCUAUCAUUUUCCACUACAGUUUAGUUUGACUGCGCCUAUUUUACCACGUUCGUGAUGAUAAUCAUCUUACUCAGCUUCUUAAUAACGUUUGCAGCACAGCCUGCAAGCACCACCUGUCCACUUGAAAUUACGCCUCCUGCUGUGGCGGUGCCUUUUGGCGGCACCGUCUCGGCACUAUGCGAGUCAUCAUCUCCUCAGGUGAAGGGAAUGGGCUGGGAAUCGCCAUAUGGAGGCACAGGACUGGUGAAGGGCGUGUCCAACCUUACCUUACAAAUUGAUUCGUUGCAAAAGUGGUCCGCGCGUCCCAUCUGCUUUGUCAAUCUCAAUGCUUCUCAGUGUACUAAGGAAUUAAACGUCACCGUCUACAAAAUGCCAGAUGAUGUGAACAUAGGCUUAUGGCUUUCUGACACCGUGGAAGAAGGGGAAAACUUUGCGGUGGAGUGUGAAGUCAUUGAGAUUGCGCCAAUACAUCGAGUUUCUAUAAAGUUGCUCAAUGGCAAUAAAAUAUUGGGAGAGAUGUGGGGCAACGGAAGUACCAGCUUUAGCCCAGUUUCCCGAAUUUUUUAUUUCCUACAAAACGGCACGAGAGAGUAUAAUGGAGUCCGGUUGCACUGUGAGGUAAAGAUCGACCUUGGUCCAGUGCAAGAUCUUCCAGCGACCUCCUCAAAGCCGUUCCAGCUGAUUGUGCAUUACCCUCCGACUUUCAGCCAAGCGGAGAACGAGACUCUGACACUUUCCGACGGCGAUCAAAUGAGUUUAAAUUGCAGCGCCUCAGGAGAGCCUGCGCCACAGUACAGCUGGAACAUUCCUCACAUGUCCAAAGUGCCGAAUGGAACUCAAGACAUUUUCAAUUCCUCUUUCAAGUACGCAGGCACCUACGAGUGCACCGCUGCUAACUCCCGGGGUGCCGUCACCAAGUAUUUCACGGUCACCCAAGCUCCAAGGGUUCGAACAACCUUGGCGGUGGUGCUCGGGGUUUUUCUGGCCGUGGCAGUCGUGCUCGCCAUCCUGGGGAUUUUUUUCCUCACCCCACAAGGGACGUUUUCUUGCAGUAAGCUCGGCUUCACUCCUGUGUCAGGUCCUGUAUGGGGGCCCUUGUGUCCACCAAGCAUUGUUCCCUGCAGAGUUGGCCAAGCUUGUGUAACUUGGGAUUUGUCUUAUCCGGGGCUGCUUCACCGCCAAGUGAACAUGGCCAAUGUGGCGCCUCUGCAGUGGAUUGUGGCACUUUGCAUGUUUUGUUCAGUUUCAGGUGACGGGUGCUCCCUAAUCCUCAAACCCGCCAGGGCAGUGGUGGGCUUCGGGGAGUCGGUGUCUGUCAGCUGCGAGGCGACCCGGCCGGUGCGUGUGCUGGGCUGGGAAUCGGCCAUCAGCGCGGCGCACACGCAGCGGGGCCCGAGCGUCCAGUGGAAGGUGGACAGCCUCAUCGACUGGAUCGAGGAGCCUAUUUGCUACGGGGUGUUCUUCAGCGCACCGCGCCAGUGCGAGGAAAAACUCAAUCUCGUCCUCUACAAAAGCCCAGACAGCGUCACUAUCACGGUGGUGAAUCAUACCGGGCCGAUGGUGGCGGGAAAGGAGUAUCAGCUGCUAUGUGAGGUCCAGAACGUGGCUCCCGUUCAAUAUCUCAAUUUGAAGUGGUACAGGGGCCGCAACGAGGUGUAUAACCGCUCCUUUACCGACCUGACUUCUCCCUCGCCGGUGCAAGUUUCCUCUAUCCUGGUCAUCACGCCUUCCCAGGCCGACGACGGCGUUCGGUACAGCUGCGUGGCCGAGCUCGAACUCGGACCGGAAGGUCCGCAACCGCCUCUGACUGUCACCUCGGUGCCGUUGAGAGCAUCUGUGUACUUUCCUCCGACGUUUCAAAGCCCCGAAGCGGAAAUCGUGGACGUGCCAGAAGGUGGUGAAACAACGCUGAACUGCACCGCUGCUGGGAACCCGGCACCCGUCUACAGCUGGCAACCUGAGCCGGAGCCAAAAAGGGAAGAUGACCAACAAGCCGUACUCGCUUCAUCCUUGCUGCUGCCCGGAACCUACACCUGCACCGCCUCCAACGUGUUAGGGAAGAAGACCAAGCAGUUUACUGUCAAAGCCAAGAGCAAAGGUAGACAGAAGGUGUGAACCGACCACCAGGGAUUUUUACAACACUCAGUAUUUAUGCUAAAUUUGUCACCAUUUUAACAUAGAUAGCUGUCUAGUUAAGUUUACAUAUAGUUGCUGAUGUCAUUAGCUUUGUCUGAUUUUCUACUCUGAUUUUCUACAUUGUCAGAAAAAAGGUGCUAAAUUUGUACCUCCAGUAGUUUGCCACUGGCGAAGUACCCUCAAGGUGCCCCGACCUGACAAUCUGCACCAUUUGUAGACAAAUUAAAAAAAAAAAAAGCUUGUCAUUGUAAUCAUUUAGAAUGAAUGUUCGAAUAUGUUCGUCUAUGCGGAAAACAUAUGUGCUUGUUUUAUACAUAUAAAUGUAUAACUGGCUUGAAUGUCAUAUAAAUACACCAAUUUGAAUAACAGAGGGAAAUAAAAUGUAUUAUGGUUCAAGAAA